AAAAAUGAAGUUCACCUGGACAUUGUGCGGUUUGUUGCUGAUCGCCAUUUUGGUUGAUUCCAAUCCAAUAACAAAAAGGGAAGCAACUGAUAAUGAAAUCGACCCUUUGAACGAAGUAUAUGUAUUCGAAGUUGACGAGGGUCAAGGGGUUGACGAUGAAAGGACUGACAGAGACAAAAGAAAAAUUGGUGUCGUUAAAUUGGGAGUAACCAAUGGUGUGAUCAACUUUGUUUUUGGUAAAUUAGAUGCAUUCUUGGAUUCAAAAACGAGAGCUUUGACUGCAUUGGAAGAAGCUAACAGAGUUAAAAAUGAAGCUUUUGGUAUUGACAAUACUCAAUCAGCAACAGGUCAAUUUAUUAGCAAUUUAAUAUCUCAAAAGAUCAAAGCUGGUACUGCAAGCAUCGGUCCGGUUAUUAACAGUGCAGCGACGUUCGUUAAUUCUGCCGGAACUGGAUUGUCGAGUGCAUUCGUUUCGAAAUUGGCACCAUUGAGUUCUAUCGUCGGUGGUCUUAGUGGUUCAUCAGGAACUUCGGGUGAUAGCAGUUCAGGUGGAGGAUCCAGUAGUAGUUCUUCUGGAUCAGCAGGUUCCCAAUUAUUUGGUACCUUGCUUUCCUCAAAAUUAGGUGCCCUUACUAGCCUAAGUGGAAGUAGCUCUGGUGGUAGUGAUUCCAGCGGUAGUUCCGGUUCUUCUUCCGAUGGAAGCAGUUCUGGAGCUGGUGCAUCAGCUGGAAUUAAUCUUGGAGCAUUCGCGAAUCUAGCAGGGAAGGCUGAAACGACUACGACAACUGAGGAAAACAUCCCAAUAUUUGAUAGGCAAAGAGUAUCAUUGGAAAUACCACCACCAGUAUUUGGUUCAGGAUUUACUUUGGUCACAAACAUCAGUUCGAUUCUCAACAGUGUUAUACUCAAUUCAGCCCGUCGAACACAGACACUUUUAGAAAUUUUCAAGCCCUUCUUUCGUGGAAUCUUUGCUAUAAAGGGUUUACCAUCGGAUAAUCCAAAAUAAAAUAAAGGUUGAAUUAGUGAGAAGAAUCUACCAAUGAUGAAAUAAUUCGAAAUUCGAUUAUGCCAUAUAGGCCUAAUUUAGUUCAACUUGAUUGAAUUAGAAUUUUCGAUCGUAUCGAUCAAAUCAAUCAAA